AUGUCUGGCAGGGGCAAGAAAGUUGCACCCAGUGAAGGCACCUACCGGUCCAAGUCUUCAAGAGCAGGGAUCACUUUCCCAGUGGGCCGCAUUCACAGGCAGCUCAAGCAGGGCCACUUUGCGAAGCGUGUGGGCGAUGGCGCUGCAGUGUACCUCGCCGCCAGCCUGGAGUACCUCUGCGCUGAAAUCCUGGAGCUGGCAGGAAAUGCCUGCCGUGACAACAAGAAGCAUCGCAUAAAUCCUCGCCACAUCUUGCUGGCGGUGAAACAUGACGAGGAGAUAAGCAAACUGCUGGCAGGGGUCACGAUCUCAGAGGGUGGCGUCAUCCCCAACAUCCAGGCAACCCUUCUACCCAAGAAAACGAAACACUCCAAAGAUGACAGCACUGCCAAAGAAGUUCAGUCUCAAAACAUUUUAUUGUGA